AUGGGUACCGAACCUAAACAAGCCACAUGUAUGGUAAAUUUUUUGGUCGUUAAAGCCUCAUCAACCUAUAAUGCCAUCCUUGGGAGGACUGGAAUACAUGCUUUUAAGGCAAUCCCGUCCACUUACCACAUGAAGAUUAAAUUCCCAACUAGGAACGGAAUUGGAGAGGAACUGGGAGAUCAGAAAAUGGCCCGAAGCUGUUAUAUUGGGGCCUUAAGGUCCGGAGGAACUGGGGGGCAAGUGCUACCCAUAGAAGAUCUCGAUGUCCGAGAAGAGGAAGAAAGAAGAGGCAAACCUGCCGAAGACUUGGUUCCAAUCCCAUUGUAUACUGAGGAACCUGAAAAGGUCACUUAUGUUGGAGCAUUACUCCAGGAAGACUUGAAGCAAGAAAUAGUGAGAUUCUUGAGGAACAAUCGUGAUGUUUUUGCUUGGACAGCGGCAGACAUGCCAGGUAUUGAUCCUUUAUUCAUGACUCAUAAGUUGAAUGUGAAUCCUGAUAGGAAACCGAUUAAGCAAAAGAAGAGGAAUUUCGCCCCCGAGAGGCAGGAAGCCAUUAAACAGGAGGUCAAUAAGUUGUUGGAAGCUGGGUUUAUUGAGGAAAUUCAAUUUCCAGAAUGGCUAGCUAACCCUGUCAUGGUCAAGAAGGCCAAUGGAAAGUGGAGGAUGUGCGUAGACUUCACUGAUCUGAAUGAUGCUUGUCCCAAGGACUGUUUCCCUCUUCCAAGGAUAGACACACUAAUAGACGCCACUGAUGGCCAUGAGAUGCUAAGCUUCAUGGACGGCUUCAGCGGAUAUAAUCAGAUCCGGAUGGACAACGACGAUGUCCCCAAGGUAUCAUUCAUUACCGACUUUGGUGUAUUCUGUUAUUUGGUUAUGGAUUUUGGACUUACGAAUGCAGGAGCCACAUACCAACGCCUAGCAAACAAAAUGUUCAAACAUCUGAUAGUUAAGACUAUGGAAGUAUACGUUGAUGAUAUGCUGGUGAAAAGCUUGAAUAAAGUGGAUCACCUAGAACAUUUGAAAGAAGCUUUUGAAGUCUUGAGGACGCAUAAGAUGAUGUUAAACCCGGCCAAGUGUGCCUUUGGAGUUGGUUCCGGGAAGUUCCUUGGUCUAAUGGUCUCCAAACGUGGUAUUGAGGCCAAUCCUGACAAAAUAAAAGCUAUCCUCGACAUGGAACCACCCAAAAGUAUAAGGGAUGUACAGAAGUUAACAGGUAGGAUCGCGGCCCUGGGAAGGUUUGUAUCCAAGUCGGGAGACAAAUGCUUACCUUUCUUCAAAGCCUUGAAGAAGGUUAAGAACUUCGAGUGGACAGAAGAGAGCCAAGUAGCUUUUGAAGAACUAAAGAAGUACAUGGCAGAGCCACCUCUCCUAUCAAAACCCAUUGAUGGUGAGACCUUGUAUGUAUACCUGGCUGUUUCAGAACAAGCACUGAGCGCUGUAUUAGUUCGAGAGGAGUUGAAAGUUCAAAAACCGGUGUACUACGUGAGCAAGGUUUUGCAUGGAGCGGAGCUCAAUUACUCGGUGAUCGAAAAGUUUGCUUUGGCCAUGAUUACAGCCUCAAGGAAGUUAAGACCAUAUUUUCAAUCUCACAAAAUAGAAGUCUUGACAGACCAACCUCUUCCGAUUAAGGCUCAGGCUUUAGCUGACUUCCUCGUUGAAUGUACCAUUAACAACGAGGAAGUCGGGGGGCAAGAGGACAAGAUUGAAGACAAGGUUGAAGAACCCAAGCAACCUAAAGAAUAUUGGUUACUGUUUUUUGACGGGGCUUCAAAAACAAAAGGUAGUGGUGCAGGACUCGUGCUCCAAAGCCCCGAUGGCUUUACUGUGGAAUACACCAUUAAGCUGGACUUCCCAACUACUAAUAACGAAGCUGAAUAUGAGGCUUUAAUAGUUGGGCUUGGUUUAGCCCGAACCCUGAGGGUAAGGAACUUGAAGGUCUGUGGUGACUCGAAACUUGUAGUUUUCCAAGUAAAUGGUGAGUUUGAAGCUCGGGAAGACACAAUGCUUAGAUAUUUGAGAAUGUUAAAGACCCAAAUGGCACUGUUUGAAGAAUGCAUAGUAGAAUAUGUGCCGAGGGAGGAAAACACUAAGGCUGAUGCCUUAUCACAAUUUGUGUCCUCUGAUGAUGAGGUAUGCUCGGGAAGUGUUUAUUAUCAGGUUAUGAGAACCCCAAGCAUCGAUGCAAAAUUAGUUGCUCCAAUUGACACGGGGGCCACCUGGAUGGAUGAAAUCAUGUUGCACCUGGAGAAUGGUCAUCUACCAACCAAUACCGACGAAGCACGAAAGUUACAGGUAAGGGCCCUUAAGUAUGUCCUCAUUGAGGGGAUCUUAUACCGGAAGUCAUUUGUAAUCCCUUACUUGACAUGUCUAAGGCCAGAUGAGGCAAGGGAAGCUCUUAGGGAAGUUCACGAAGGGGUAUGUGUCCAACACCUUGGAGGAAGGGCAUUGGCUCACAAAGUCCCUCGUCUUGGAUUUUAUUGGCCAGAUAUGCUUAAACAUGCCCAAGAUUAUGUGAAAAGAUGUGAUCGUUGUCAAAGAUUCGCACCAAUAGUACGACAGCCCCCUGAGAUAUUGACAUCCAUUAAUACUCCAAUCCCUUUUGCCAUGUGGGGAAUGGAUAUCCUUGGACCAUUCCCACUUGCUAGUGCACAAAGGAAGUUCUUGUUGGUAGCCAUUGACUACUUUACUAAGUGGAUUGAGGCCAAACCUCUGGCCAAGAUAACCACCGAACAGGUUGCUCAGUUUGUAUGGGAAAAUAUUAUCUGCAGGUACGGAAUACCACGAAUCAUAUUGACAGACAAUGGGACUCAGUUCAACAAUGCUGAGUUCAAGAGUUAUUGUGAAGAUUAUUCGAUUGAAUUACGCUUUACCUCAGUUGCUCACCCUCAAGCUAAUGGGCAGGCUGAGGUGGCUAACAGGAUAAUCCUUGAUGGACUAAAAAAGAGAGUUGAGAAGGCCCAGGGGUUAUGGACCGAGGAACUGCUUCCAAUACAUUGGGCGUAUCGGACAACUUGUAAAGUUUCUACCGGAACAACCCCUUUCCAGUUAGCUUAUGGAGCUGAGGCAGUUGUGCCCCUAGAAAUCACACACACGUCCUCAAGGGUCCAGCACUAUGAACCAGGUGCCAAUGAGGAAGGCAUGAGACUUGCACUCGAUAUGAUUGAUGAAAUCCGUGAUGAAGCUCAUGCUAAGAUUGUGGAAAACUAG